AUGUCUCCGGCUGCCGCCUCUGCUCCUCGGCUCUCCGCCCGCAGCGCCUGCCUGCCCGCGCACACUGUCCCCGGCGCGGCGAUGCGGCUGGACCAGGAGCCCGGAGACCCGAGCGCCUCGGCCGACAGGCGCGGCGCGGAGCAGCGGGGAGUCCCGCGCUGCUGGGCGCUGCUGCUGCUGCUCGCCCUUGGCUGCCUGCGCGCCGCCGCCGACGGUGCGAGAGCAAAAUGUGAAGAAUCCCAGUUUGCAUGUGGUAAUGGACGCUGUAUUCCUCAAAUCUGGAAAUGUGAUGGUGAUGAAGACUGUUCAGAUGGCAGUGAUGAGAGUGCUUGUGUGAAGAAAACAUGUGCUGAAUCUGACUUUGUGUGCCUCAGUGGUCAAUGUGUGCCUAACAGAUGGCAGUGUGAUGGGGAUCCGGACUGUGAGGAUGGGUCUGAUGAGAGUUCCGAACUGUGUCACACGAGAACAUGCCGGGUAAACGAAAUCAGCUGUGGUCCUCAGUCAACUCAGUGUAUCCCAUUGUCCUGGAAAUGUGAUGGUGAAAAAGACUGUGACAGUGAAGAAGAUGAACAGAAUUGUGGCAAUGUGACUUGUAGUCCAGCAGACUUCACAUGCAACAGUGGGCAAUGUAUUUCCAAGAGCUUUGUCUGCAAUGGUCAAGAUGACUGCAGUGAUGGUAGUGAUGAGCUGGAGUGUGCACCUCCUACCUGUGGAGUUCAUGAGUUCCAGUGCAAGAGCUCGACUUGCAUUCCCCUCAGCUGGGUGUGUGAUGAUGAUGCUGACUGCUCUGACCACUCAGAUGAGUCUCUAGAGCAAUGUGGCCGCCAGCCUGCACCUUCUGUGAAGUGCUCUGCCAGUGAGGUGCAGUGUGGCUCAGGUGAAUGUAUCCACAAAAAGUGGCGCUGUGAUGGAGAUCCUGAUUGCAAGGAUGGAAGUGAUGAAAUCAACUGCCCUUCUCGGACCUGCAGACCAGACCAGUUCAGAUGUGAAGAUGGGAACUGCAUCCAUGGGAGUAGGCAGUGCAAUGGUGUGAGAGAUUGUCUGGAUGGCACAGAUGAAGCAAAUUGUAACAACGUUAUUCAGUGCUCUGGACCCGGCAAAUUCAAGUGCAGAAGUGGAGAAUGCAUAGAUAUCAAUAAAGUGUGUAACCAGCAGAGAGACUGCAAGGACUGGAGUGAUGAGCCCCUCAAGGAGUGUAACAUCAAUGAAUGUCUGGUGAACAAUGGUGGAUGCUCUCAUAUCUGCAGAGAUCUCAUUAUUGGCUAUGAAUGUGACUGUCCAGCUGGGUUUGAGCUUCUGGACAGGAGAACUUGUGGCGAUAUUGAUGAAUGUCAGAACCCUGGUAUAUGUAGUCAGAUCUGUAUCAACCUGAAAGGGGGCUACAAAUGUGAAUGUAGCCGUGGCUAUCAGAUGGAUCUUGCUACUGGGGUGUGCAAGGCAGUUGGGAAAGAACCAAGUCUAAUUUUCACCAACCGCCGGGACAUAAGGAAGAUUGGCCUUGAGAGAAAAGAAUACAUUCAGCUUGUAGAGCAGCUAAGAAACUCUAUAGCUCUAGAUGCUGAUAUUGCUGAGCAAAAGCUUUACUGGGCAGACUUCAGCCAAAAAGCAAUCUUCAGUGCCUCUAUUGAUACCCGUGAUAAAGUUGGAACACACAUCAGAAUCCUGGACAACAUACACAGCCCUGCAGGAAUUGCUGUUGACUGGAUUUAUAAGAACGUCUACUGGUCAGACUCAACUGCAAAGACCAUUUCAGUGGCUAGCCUAGAUGGCACAAAAAGAAAGGUUUUGUUUCUCUCUGAGCUGAGAGAGCCAGCUUCUAUUGCUGUAGAUCCUAUCUCUGGCUUUAUGUACUGGUCAGACUGGGGUGAGCCAGCAAAAAUUGAAAAAGCAGGAAUGAAUGGAUUUGACAGACAGCAGCUUGUGACAGCAGAAAUCCAAUGGCCUAAUGGAAUUGCUCUAGAUCUUGUAAAAAGCCGCCUGUACUGGCUUGAUUCUAAACUACACAUGCUGUCAAGUGUGGACUUGAAUGGCCAGGACCGUAGAAUUGUGCUGAAAUCACAUAUGUUCCUUCCUCAUCCUCUUGCUCUAACCAUUUUUGAAGACCGUGUGUACUGGAUUGAUGGAGAGAAUGAGGCAGUCUAUGGGGCCAACAAAUUCACUGGAACCGAUUUGGUUACCCUAGUGAACAACCUCAAUGAUGCACAGGACAUCAUUGUGUAUCAUGAACUUGUUCAGCCUUCAGGUAGGAACUGGUGUGAAGAGCACAUGGCAAAUGGAGGCUGUAGCUACCUGUGCCUGCCUGCUCCUCAGAUAAAUGAACAUUCUCCAAAGUACACCUGUGCAUGUCCUGCUGGGUACUUCUUGCAGGAGGAUGGUCUGAGAUGUACAGUUUCAGGUACUGGAACAACUGUGGCUUACACUGAGGCUAAAGAUACCAGCACAACAGAAAAAUCUCCAACUGUUGGACUAGUUCCUGGAGGAUUCAACACUAGUGGUACAACUUCUGAAGUAACUGCAGCUGGAAGAACAUCAGCAGCUUGGAUCAUUCUUCCUGCUGUAUUGUUGAUGAUGGCUGCAGCAGCUGGCUACUUCAUGUGGCGUAACUGGCAGCACAAGAAUAUGAAAAGCAUGAAUUUUGAUAACCCAGUUUACCUAAAAACCACAGAAGAGGACCUCACAAUUGAUAUUGGAAGACACAGUGGUUCAGUAGGACACACCUACCCUGCAAUAUCUGUUGUCAGCACAGAUGAUGAUAUGGCAUGAGCACUGGAUCAGCAAUCACUUUCAGUUUACUUGUGUCUUACACUCUUUGGGGAUAGUAACCAGGUUUGUGGCUGAAGAACUUCCUCCAUUCUUGGAAGAAAGAAGAUACUUUCUGCAUUUAUGGAUCACUUGUGUAAAUAGUUAUUACUUUCUACAAUUUAACAACUCUGUAUAUACCUGUCCACAACAAUUCAGCUGUUAGUGGUUACAGUUUUAUCCGUAACCCUUGGGUUGGUUAGUCGGUAACAUCACUGACUAAAUAUAAAGCACUUUCCAUAGAAAGCCAUAUUCCAGCCACAACUUGUAACACCUGUACAUAUGUCUAUAGGCCACUUGUAAAUAAUUAUUGGAAAAUCACUAUCAAGCACUUUGAAAUACUUCAGAUGUAAAUUAUUGUACACUCUCUUUUUCAAUGAUUGGGGCAAUGGCAAUAGGAAAAAACGGGUUAUUAUGAUUGCCAAAAAUUUGUAGACAUAAGUAAUUUUGUAUGUAUGAUUGCUUCAGUCUUGUCUGUUACCUCUUAGAGGUCUACAAGAAUGAAUGAUCUUUAAGAAACCACUGUAAAACUCAAAUGCAGCCAAGGGGAUAAAAUAAAAUGAGUCAAGCAGUUGAAAGUAUUGUUCUUGAUUAUUACAUUAGCACUGAAGUAAAACAAUGUAUCUCAUAAGUUGAAAGCUUUAGUAGGCUGCACUACCACUGCCAGCCAGAUCAUGAAGUAUUUCUUCAAUUAUUUCAGCAGCAUUCUAGGCAGCUAAGACACUUGCCAAGUGACAUGUUUGUUCUUGAGACUAAUAGUCUGCAUGGAGCAAUGGACAGAGUGGGUCUCCUAUCAAAGAAGCCCAGCUGAUCUCCUAAGUUAGGACAGACACAGGCUAAAAUGACACAACUACUGCUGCAUAUUUUGAGAGGCAGCACUGGCAGACAUGUAAGAUGGAGACAGGUCAGAGUGUGGUCUGCCAGGUGAAUGUGAGGUCCUUGCAGUGUCAGGCUAUUGGCAGUUACUCCCCAUAACUUUUGUAGUAUGUGGUGCUAUUUGACUGUUGCUAAUCCUUCCCCCUUCAAGAUAAGAAAAAAAUUGCUUAUGGUGGGAGGAAUGGAAUUUCAAGGCUAAGACAUCAUUUGGAAGAAGCAAUAAUCUCUUGGUUAUGCUUUAGUGAUGACAUGUUAAAUCAUUCUCAAUCAAUCCUGUCUCUAAAAUAGUAACAACAAAAAUCAUCAAGUCAGAACUUGGAUCAGUUCCUAGGCUUGCUUCUAAUGCCUGUUCUCAUUGCAGCUAGAGCUGGAGUCUGUUCUUUUAAUGGUCUUCCUGUAUUGUGGAUUCCUUUUAUUAACAGAUGAGGACAGCUGCCAGCUUGUACAGAUUUAAAAUAAAUUGUUUCUAGCAAGUUUACAACUCUUUGGGGAGUUGAAGCUUCUAACAAGCUAUCUCUGGCAACUCUUGACUGCAGGCAUUUAAGAUAUCUGGAACUUAUGUAGACUAAAUUGUCUUGCAAAGAUUAGGCUGUAAGGGGGCCUCUAAAGUUUCUGGCUAGCAAUACUGUAUCUAUUUUACCAAGUACCUUUUGGGAUAAAGUGCCUUUCAUAACUUUGUAAUAUGUGAGGUUCAUUAGUUAUGGGUAGAAUUCAACUUUUCUGGUUAAACUCCUAAAUCUGGAUACUCUGAAGUAUUUGUGUAAAUGUGACAAAACAAAAUGUAAUUCUCAGUCAGAUGGUUAAUUAUAAAUUCACAUGGCAGCUAAUUACAGGCAAAAUGCUCUGCCUUCCCAGUCUUUGUACAGAACAGCUCUGUUUUUUUGAUGAAUUUCAUUGCUAUUACCAGUAUCAUAACAAAUGGUAUAAGGAGAAACCAGUGAGACAAAUAAAGACAUUUCUUCCUGA